CUUUAACAUUUAUUUUACAAACAACCUGUUCCUUUUCUCGUUAUGGUACACACUUGGUAUUGUCUAGGGCUUUUUUGGUUUUGUUGUUAGUGUGUGGGCGUGGUUUUGUUUGUUUUUGGAGACAAGGUCUCGCUCUGUCGCCCAGGGUUGGAGUGCAGUGGCGAUCAUGGUUCACUGAAGCCUCGACUUCCAGGGCCCAAGGGAUCCUCCUGCCUCAACUUCCCGAAUAGCUGGGAUUACAGGCGUGCACCACCACGCCCGGCUGGUAUUGCUUUUUGUUUUGCUUUGUUUUCUUUUUUCUUUUUCUUUUUUUUUUUUUGAGACGGAGUCUCACUCUGUCACCCAGGCUGGAGUACAGGGGCAGGAUCUUGGCUCACUGCAAGCUCUGCCUCCCGGUUUCACGGCAUUCUUGCCUCAGCCUCCCGAGUAGCUGGGACUACAGGCGCCCGCCACCACGGUCGGCUAAUUUUUGGUAAUGUUAGUAGAGACGGGGUCUCACCAUGUUGGUCAGGCUGGUCUCGAGCUCCUGACCUCGUAAUCCGCCUACCUCGGCCUCCCAAAAUGCUGGGAUUACAGGUGUGAGCCACCGUGCCUGGCUGUUAUGCUUUGUUUUCAACCACUAAAAGGCUGGAUUCGUUUAACAUACUGAAUUCUGCUUUACAGAAGAAAACACCUUUUAGCUGUGUGACUGAUUACAGGCAAGUUCUUGUGCCCCGGUUUCUGCAUCAGAAAAUGAGCUUAUAACAGUACUUGUCUCACAGUUUUAGGAGAAUUAAAUGAGUUAUGUGUAAAGCAAAACAGCUCCUGACAAAGAGUAAACACCAUAUAAAUAUUCAUUAAAUAACAUACAAACAUGCCAGGUUGGGAAAAUCAGUAAGCAAAGGAGUCAGGAAAUUCCAAGUUGGUUAUCACAACUCUUGGCCCACAGGGCUUUAAUCCAGGUGCCCUUGUCUCCUACCCUUGCUGCCAUCCCAGUGUCUCCAGGGAGUAAGUAGAAAUAAAGAUCCGAUCUCAUGUCUUGGGCAUUUUCCCCUGCCCUGAAGGCCCAUAAUCACUUAGCACAGUCAGAGCUUAAGGCGCCAGGCUCCAAAGAAGAUUAAAGGAACAGUUUGUGGGCAGGAAUACCCUCCUCUGAGUUCAAUCAUCUUGCACUCUAAGAAUCACCACCAUGGCCCUUGUGCCAGGGAGAAGCAAGGAGGAUGGGCUUUGGACUACAAAUAGCCCAGGCUCCUCCCAGGAUCCAGAUCCCAGGCUGGCCAACCCUCUCUGGGACAGAGGAAAAGUUGGCAAGGUUGAAGGUCACUGGCAUAUUCAGGAUUUCUCUCAAAAGUCCCAUCUGCUGUCUAUUGUGGUGGAAGCCUCUGAGGUGAAUGAAGAGAGUGGGGAUCUCCAUUGGCCCCAUGAGGAGCUGCUGCUAAUAUUUUUCUCCCUUCUCCUCCUCCAUCCCAGGCUGGGCUUGGAGCCCACAGAACACGCUGGACUUAGCUGGGCAGACCAGGAUGAUGAAGAUGCUUGUUGGAUUCUUGAGGACACUAAGUGUCUGGAAGCCACCAACCACUGUCCUUUCUGGGACUCAGCAACAGGCUCCUGUGCUUGUUGAAGUGGCUUUGUGGAAUAUUCUUGUCUCCUGCCUCCUAAUAGCUUUGAGGGUAAGCAUUGUUCCCUCCCUCUCAAACAUCUCAUCCAGGUUUAUGAAGCUCCUUAUACCCAUCCUCUCACAAUCUCCUUUUACAGGUGA